GGAGGAGGCGUAAUUAUCGCCCACCGGCUCACGGCCAACGCGUGAUCCGGAUCCGACCGCUCUGAUGGCGCCGUGAUCUCCUUUAAGUGUGUCUUGUGUUGUAGCCUUCUCUGUCACCCUGCUUUAAAAUGGUUCCGAAAGGCAUCGGAUCGACCGCGGAGGAGGAGAUGGAAGCAGGCGGGGAAGAGUCGUACGAGGUGGUGGAGCAAAUCGGGAGAGGGGCUUUCGGCUCCGCCUUCCUCGCGGUCCACAAGACCGAGCGAAAGAGGUACGUGAUGAAGAGGAUCCGAUUGGCGAAGCAGACGGAGAAGUUCCAGCGCACCGCUUACCAGGAGAUGGCUCUGAUCGCGAGUUUGAGCAACCCUUACAUCGUAGAGUACAGAGAUGGAUGGGUGGAGAAGGGAAGCUCCGUAUGCAUUGUGACCGGUUACUGCGAAGGAGGAGACAUGGCUGACAGAAUAAAGAAAGCCAGAGGAAUCUUAUUCUCCGAAGAAAGGGUUAGCAAAUGGCUGACGCAGUUGCUUUUGGCUGUGGAUUACCUCCAUUCCAACCGUGUGCUCCAUCGUGAUCUCAAGUGCUCUAACGUGUUUCUCACAAGGGACGACGACGUUCGACUUGGUGACUUUGGACUCGCAAAAUUGCUUAAUGCACAAGAUCUUGCUUCUUCGGUUGUCGGCACUCCGAACUACAUGUGCCCUGAGAUACUAGCUGACAUACCCUAUGGAUACAAAUCGGAUAUUUGGUCACUCGGUUGUUGCAUGUUUGAGAUAGCAGCACAUCGUCCGGCCUUCAGAGCUCCCGAUAUGCAAGGAUUGAUUAAUAAAAUCAAUAGGUCAUCCAUCGCCCCGAUGCCUGCCAUAUACUCUUCUUCACUGAAGAGGUUGAUCAAAUGCAUGCUCAGAAAGAAUCCGGAACAUAGACCUACGGCUGCAGAAUUGCUGAGAGACCCCCAUUUGCAGCAGUAUCUUGCUGCGUCGUGGAAUCCUUCUCCUCUGUACCUUCCCAUAAAGUCAAACAACAACGGUGCACAAGAGAAACAGGGAAGAAGGCGAAGCUACAGGGAGUUGCAUGGUGGAAAAGUCGACCAUGGGUGCACUGAGGCAGGAGAAGUUGCACCGACGGAACAAUUGGUAAGACAGAUCAAUGCGGGCCCAUCAAACGAUAUCCUGGCCUUGGACCUGAGUCAUGACGAGAUCAAGAGAAUCGAUCCUGGUAGCUCGAAGAUUUCACUCAGCCGCAUUGCCGCAGUCCACGUCGCAGAUGAGCGAGAGAAGCUAAGCGAACAAAACCUCGUUAAGAUGGCUGCCGCGGCUGAUACGCUCAUAAAGAACGAAGAACCCGAGUUAGAAAUGGAGGCCGCUGAGCCAUUCGUGGGAUCAAAAGCGAUGAAGUCUAAUACUGAGUCCGUACACCGCGAACCAUCGGCGAGCAGCAGCAACAAGGAAGAGGGGCCAAAGAGAGCUGUCAGCAUUCCUCUCUCUCAAAGAGCCAAAACCGAUGCCGAUGACGUGGUCGGCGUUGCCGAAGAAACCUCAUCGGUCAGCACCAUCACGCUGCCUCAUGCGGAUAACGCACAGGCGGAGUGGGAGAGCUUGAAUACAAUUCAGCAGAGAGCUAAUGCUCUGGAGUCUCUGCUUGAGCUAUGUGCGCAGCUGCUACAACAGGAGAGGCUAGAGGAGCUGGCUGGUGUGCUCAGACCGUUUGGGGAAGAAGCAGUGUCAUCCAGAGAGACAGCAAUCUGGUUGACCAAGAGCCUCAUGUCGGUGCCCAAACUUGGAUCGGAUCCCAGAAUCCAUUAGCGCCACUGCUUAUGCUUGGAUGAUCGCCCAGCUGCUGAGCUUUUUCGGAGGAAUCAAUAAGAUUCUUUUUAUUUACUUUCCACGUUCCAUGUAAUGAUUUUUUGAAUCUGUGUGAUGUUAACUGGAAUUAUAAGUCUGACCUAUUAAUAAAAGGAUUCAAACUAUAAAACAAUUUAGUUCUUCUA